AUGGCCAUAAUUUGUGCAGCCAUUGUUUUUGUUAUGCAUUGGCUGCUGAACAGAAAAUCUAUAAUCAUCAACUGGCCUAUUGUCGGUAUGAUUCCGGGGCUUGCUCAAAAUAUGUCUCGAAUUCAAGAAGCUGGUGGUACGUUUUUAUUCAAAGGACCUUGGUUUAGCGGUAUGGAUUUUCUGCUAACAAGUGAUCCCAAGAAUGACCCUUUGUUCAGAGAGAUUUGCGAUCCUCUUGGUGAUGGAAUUAUUUCUGCUGAUUCAGAUAAUUGGAGAUUUCUGAGAAGAAUAAUUCAUUCUUUAGUCAAUCAAGAAUUAAGGUAUGAUGCUGCCAUAGAAAGAAUACUGGAAGACAAAAUCUUGAAACGCCUGUACCAGGUUUUGGAUCAUGCAUACCAAAUCGGGUCGGAAUUUGAUUUACAGGAUGUAAUCCAAAGAUUAACGUUUGAUGGUAUUUGUCUUUUGUUGUUAGGAUAUGACCCAAAUUGUCUUGCUUCAGGGUUCCCUCACAAUGCGCUCGAGAAGGCUUUUCAUGAAAUGGAGGAGGCUAUUCAUUUCCGACAUAUCGUUCCGAGAGUAUUUUGGAAGUUGCAGAGAUGGCUUCAGAUCGGAGAAGAGAAGAAGAUGAGAAGAUCCUGGGACUUAUUUGAAAAAUUUGUUAUGGAUUGCGUUACUACAAAAAGAGAGGAGAUAAUAACCCGAAAACGAACCCCAAGCGAAAACCAAACCGAAGACAAUUUUGACAUGUUAACAGCUUUUCUGGAGGAAGAAGACGGAGGAGAAAACGUUGCAAUCACGAAAUCAAACAAAUUUCUGAGAGACAUGACAUUUAAUCUCAUGGCGGCCGGAAGAGACACUAUUUAUUGCGAGUAA